AUGGCGCCAAAACGAAAACCUUCUUCUCCUAUCUCCAUCGGUAACUGCGAGGUUACUGUCGAGGCCACUCGUUUCACAUGCAACUCUGAUUCAAACGGCGUCGUAAUCUCGCUUCCCCGAAGCGGAAAGAUCCAAGUGUCAGUUGUUGCAAACCAUGGGAACGCUUCCGAGGAUUUUGGGUCUGUUGAUAAAGAGCAUGAGUUCGUGCUGGUUAAUCCUAAAGAUGCUGAUUCUAUUAGUAAGUCCUACCUUCAGGAAGUAUUACAAAUGUAUAAAACAGAGCUACCUGGAAUGAAUUAUGCUGCUAAUACCGGAAAACAAUCCAAGUUCCUUGAGAGAUGUGUGACUAAUGGGAAAUAUCGAACGCUACUGGUAAAAUCCACUUGUGUUGGAAAUUCAGGGAAGGUUAUAGCUGCAAUUACAUACCAAAUCAUCCCGGCAGAUACAGAAUUUGCAGAGAUCCCCCUUGCAGCUGUCAAUGCAAUCUAUCAAAGAAAGGGUUUUGGUCAUUUAUUGGUUCUAGAGCUACAGAAGAGACUUCAAAAUGUUGGAAUUCGUUCUAUUUUAUGCUGGGGAGACAAAGAAUCAGAAGGAUUUUGGCUGAAACAGGGAUUUGUAGAAAUAGCACAGGUAGAUAACAAAGGAAGGGCCCGCAGAUUACCUGUAAAAGCUGAUAUUCAAAAAUCAUUAUGCUUUCUUGGUGGUUCAACUCUCAUGGUUUGUCACGUAAGGAAAGAAUUCUUAGCUGAUGAUGCUAACACUAUGAAGUGUCUCCCCUCAGAGUUUCAUCAAAAUUCUUUUACACCUGCCAUUGCUGAAGAUGAGCAGCUGGAAUUGUCGGGUAAGUUACACGUAGAUUUGAAGUUUCUGGAUAAAUGUUCCCGUAGAACAGAAUCAGGGAAAAGUCAACAUGAAGCUUUGGUUAAAGAUGGAUUUUCAACAGAAUAUGACAAACUCAGUGGUAGUGCAUCAAUCAGAUUUGACUGUCAUAAUCCUAAGCCAUGCUGUAGUAGUAUUGCUCCUUUUGCCCAAGUAAACGAUGAUAGACAGGCCACUGGUGCAGAAAGUUCACAGGAUAGAAUUGAUGCUAAUGUGAAUUAUUGUUCUCAUUCUACAAAAGGUGCAAAAAGGGCCUGGGAAGCCUCUUUAUCCUCAUUGAAGUCAAAAAGAGUUAAGGGGAGCCAGUUGGUUGACUAUCAAUCAGGUUGUAGCUGCGGUUUUAUCUUAGAGAAUGAUGAGGACAAUCCCCGUUUUGAAGAUGUCCAUCAUGAUCCUUCGAUUACAAAAAGUUCAGAAAAAUAUAUUGAGGAUUAUUUACAUUUAGAAGCUCCCAUCAACAUAGAACCGCGAUCUACUAAACAAUGCUUUAGAAUUAUGUUGAUGAAUAUUGCUGAUGAUGCUAAGAAAACACAGCUUACAAAGGUGAUUGAAGACCUUGGUGGUACUAUAUCCUAUGAUGGUAAUGAACUGCCUCACAUACUGAAUGAUCCGGAUUAUCCGCUGAAGUACAAAUUUGAUUUAAAAAGUGCAGUUUUACGGGCAAAAGCUAGCCCUCAUACUUUGUUCAAGGGUUAUAAUAUAUGCAUUGCAGCUCAUGUUCAAACUCCUGCUAAAUCAUUGUCUGCAAUUGUCAUGUCCGCAGGUGGUAAUGUUAUUAGUAGCCUGGAGAAAGUAAACGAAACAUCAGCAACAAUCUUUGUGACGAGCGAAGAAGACACUGAAGAAGCAAUGGUGGCUGCAAAGAAAGGGAUCCGGACUUUCAGUAGCGAUUGGUUUAUGAACUGUGUCAUGAGACAAGAACUUGACUUAGAGGCCCCACAGUUUGCCCAGUCCUUAUAA